ACUUCACCAAGUUAUUUAAAAUAUCCCGAGGUAGUUAUUCAGGGAAGUAGACACAAAAUACAAAACUAAGGGGUAAUGUCGAGUAAAGGAGCGAAUCGUGCGGUAUCCGAUGAAUUUGAGCGCUAUGAAAAGCUCAUAGGUGAUAAGAAAAUAAGGUCAAACAUGAGUCUAUCGCAGAAAAUCGAGAUCUACGGUCUGUGGUGUGUGGCCGCCCGAGGAAAGUGCACGCGACCAAAGCCCUCCCGUAUGAGACUGGUUGAGUAUGGCAAGUGGGCAGCUUGGAAGAAAUACGAACAUCUUGGCAAAGACAAGGCGCGCAAGAUAUUUGUAGAGCGUGCCAAGGAGAUUCUCGGAAAGUCCAAGCUAUAAUCAACUAUACUUUCUUCACAUGUGUUAGUGAGGUGUUGGAGACAUUCCUGUUCUGCAGCUAUGAUAGUGACCCGCUUUUUAAGAUGAUGUAAUGUAUUUACUGCAUUUUUAAUGAGCUGAUGUCAGCGAUUCUGUAGUUGGGAAGCAUUACAAUCCCCAAAAAUAGUUUAGAAUCUGAAUCAGACAAAAUAAGGGAAUAUGCAAAAAAUUGAUCUAAUUCAGCUGCAAUUGGCCUUGAAUUCUUGAAGUAUCUCAAUUCACGCUACUUCAUAUAUUCUAAGUUGAUUGUAGUAAACCAAUGAGCGUUAAAUCUCAAAAUUGUGGGCUGCCUAAAGGUAAGUAUUUUAAAA